CUCAGUUUGGAGUCUUUACUAUUCAUUGAAUGCAUACAUCAACCUCUGAGGAAAGAAUUCCUGUAAACACAUCUAUUUUGCUUUAAGUGUUUAAAAAUGUCUGAUAAGAAAAUAAUUAUGAACAGAGCCCAUUAUAUUGAGAAGCUACUCUCUGAAAACAAUUUCCAAGAUAUUGGAAAUCACCUUGCAGAACUUGAAGCUGUUGAUAUGACUAUAGAAUAUCUUCAGGAGACUGAUGUUGCCAAAGCUGUGUACAGAGUCCUCCAGAACUGUCCUGCAAUAACAUUGAAAAAGAAAGCAAAGCAUUUAUUAUCAAAGUGGAAGACACUUUACAAGAAUAACUAUCUUUCAUCGAUACAAGGUAAAAAGUCAGUUUCUGAGAGUGUGAAAGAGCACAAUGAAUAUUUCAGUGUGGCUCCACAAGAACAAACUGAGUUUUCUGAUGAAUUGAAUCAGCAUGAAAUGUUAGAUGCUGCUGGCUCUAACAGUUUGCUAACAUCACAAAACGUUCCAAAAGAUGAAGUGUAUAAUAAGCCAAAAAGCAGUGUGAAUCAACUGGGUCUUUUAGAAGAACAGUGCACUGAUAAUGAAGACACUAAACCUGCUGGCAGUGAAACAAGCCCACAGCAAGAACAUGUGAAGGCCAUGAGGUUGAAAUGCACAGAACUUAUUUAUAAAGCCUUGACUGAUUCUGCCACAAGCAAAGAGGAAGCCAAUAAGCGGCAAGAAUUAUCCAAAGAAAUUGAAGAGCGUAUUUUUGCUCUUCAUGCUAGAAAUGACAAAAAGUACAAAAAUUGUAUCAGAAGCAAAGUCUCUAACUUGAAGAAUCCUAAAAAUUUCCACUUAAAACAUAACCUAUUUUCAGGGACUAUGAGUCCAAAGACUUUUGCUGAGAUGACAGUGAUGGAAAUGGCCAAUGAUGAACUGAAACAACUCAGGGCUUUGUACACAGAAUCAUCUGUUCAGGAACAUCAGCUUCCCCAAGUUAUUGAUGGCACACAGACCAACAAAAUAAAAUGUAGGCGCUGUGAAAAAUUUGAUUGCAGUGUCACUAUGAUUGCCAGGGGAACUCUCUUCCUUCCCAGUUGGGUGCGAAAUGCAAAUCCAGAUGAACAAAUGAUGACUUAUGUUAUUUGUAACGAAUGUGGAGAGCAGUGGUACCACAGCAGAUGGGUUUGUUUGUGAUUAUUAAUCCUUUAAUGAAUAUCACUUAAAAGUGAAAAACAUAAAAUAGAUAUCAGAAGAAAAAUGUGUUGGGAUUAUUUUUAAAUUUGUGUUAGAUGUUUAUAAAUCCGUGCUAUUGUGCAGACACAGCAAAUAAUAAUUCGUAGGAUAAUAGCUAAAAGAUAAUGGUCAUAAAAUCAUUUUGGAAGUUGUUUUGAAAUCAUUAUUUGGCUUUUAAAUUUUUAAAUUUUAUUUUCUGUAAGUAUGUAAAAUAUGCAUUGUGUGGUAACAUAAUUUAGUGGCAAACAUAUUUGCGUGUUUGUUACAAAGAUUUCUUGGUAUUUCAAAACAGUUAAGGACUUAUUUUCAAAGGUAUUGAACACUGUAGUUCUUAUUAAAAAAAAAACAAAGAGGAGUCCUUGUGGCACCUUAGAGACUAACAAAUUUAUUUGGGCAUAAGCUUUCGUGGGAUAUAACCCACUUCAUCAGAUGCAUGGAGUGGAAAAUACAGGAGCAGGUAUAAAUGCAUGAAAAGAUGGGAGUUGCCUUACCAAGUGUGAGGUCAGUCUAACGAGACAAUUCAAUUAACAGUAGGAUACCAAGGGAGGAAAAAUAACUUUUGUAGCGGUAAUGAGAGUGGCCCAUUUCAAACAGUUGACAAGAAGGUGUGAGUAACAGGAGGGGGAAAUUAGUAUGGGAGACAUUAGGUUUAGGUUUUGUAAUGAGCCAAUCACUCCCCAUCUUUAUUCAGGCCUAAUGUGAUUGUCUUCAGUGAGAUUUGUGGAUGCUCAACAUUUAUGAAAAUCAGGCCAUUAGUACAGUUUAAGCAAAUUAAUUGCAAUGCUGUAAUUAACACGUUUUUUCCAGGAUGAUCACUGAAGAAUGUCCGACACAGACCUGCUCUGUAAUUAAAUGAGAAAUCACUUGCAAAAAGAGUCAGAUUAUUUCUCUAACCAACUUAAUCACGUUUAAGUAGAAUGAUAAGCUACCAAAUAUAAAAGAUACAGGGGAGAAUGGUAGCAAAUUAAAGCAAAAAUGGUCUUGGAUGUAAACUGUUUGAUAGCUAAGCAAAAAAAUGCUUCUUUAAAAGAGAUCCCAGAUCAGACAUAAGU